CUUUGGCAUGGCUGCCAGCAAGUGGAUUCACAUUCAACAAAACUAUGUUUUUUUGUCAAACAAACUAUAUGUCAGUGAAGUUUUGUUGAGGUAUUUGUACCAAGAGUCUUUGAUCAGUCGUGAUCAGUUGGAACAACUGCGUGACUCUCGAGAACUCGCCUCUGCUAAGCUGUCUCGUUUGUUUGAUAUAUUGACAAGCCAGGAUGAUUCAUGCUUCGACACGUUUUGUCGUUGUCUACGACAGGUUGGUCAGGCACAUGUUGCGGAGGUUCUGGAAUCACCUGUAAGUCAGACAGUUCAAUCUAAGCAGACAGCUAGAGGAGAAGCUGUCAAUAGUCGCUUUCUCCAAACAGUAGGAGCAGCUGGAUCAGGCGGUCUUGCUUCUAGUCCUCAAUCUUCAACCUUUUUAGUAGCGACUGAUGAUCAACUAGAAAUUAUUAAAGACGUAGUUGCAGGAGACUGGGUACCUUUUGGUCGAGCAUUGCUUAAGGUGUCUACAGACAAAGUUCGUGACAUAGUGUCUCCUUAUGCUGCUGAACAGCUUAGAGCCUCUGAAAAGGCAUACUACGUGCUAGACCAUUGGAGGCAACGAGAAGGCAGACAUGCAACAGUGGAGGCAAUGCUUAUUGCUUGUGAGAAAAUUGAUAAACGGGGAGCAGCUGAACUAGCACUUUCAUCUGAUAGAUGAGUUGAGUAUGAGUGUUAUACAUUGCAUAGUGGCCAUUGCAUGCGUUUGGUGAGUGUUAUAAAAUAGUUCUUAUGAUGACUGAUUUGCAAUUUUUUUUGCAAUGCAUUAAUAUUAGAGGCAUUUUGUCAUGUUUUUGCUAGCAAAGAUUGUACAGUUAUAGAAUUGUUUGAGGCAGAAGUUCUAACACUUGUUAAUCUGUGGUAUGCUGUUUGGACCCUGUGGUUCUGUUCUGUGGGUGUUACAUGUUCUGUAUAUAUCAUGUAUAUGUCUAUGUUGUGUAUGUACAGUAUGUGUAUGUGUAAAUGUGACAUGGUUGUACCACUAGCAGAUCUAGAGAGACUCAUUUGAAUGGUGUGACUCAGUUUUUCAGUAUGUAACUGAGAGUGCAGUUUAGGAAUUGCUGUGGAGUAGAAAAACUGAGUGAUACUGUUCUAUACUGAGUUCUUGUAUUGGUACUACAUGUAU